GCCGCCCCACGGGCCCGCCCCACGGGCCCCGCUUCCACGGGAGCCGCGCUCGGCCGGAGCGGGGCUGGCGCCGGUGGGACGUGGGCUCUCUCAUGCCUUGUCUCACUCACCUCCCUCCCUAAAACCUCCUUCUGAAGGAUGGCAGCUGCCUCUUUCCGCUACGGCAUGACCAUCACGGGGGCCGUGCUGCUGGUGACGGGGACGCUGUGCUUUGCCUGGUGGAGCGACGGGGAGGUGGGCUCGCCGGCCGGCAGCGGGGCUCGCCUCCUGCCUCCCCGGGAAGCCGAGGCCGUUCCCAGCUCCUCCUCCAGCGCCCUGCUCCGCUCUGUCAGCUUCUUCUGCUGCGGCAUCGGCGGCAUCCUCCUCCUCUUCGGCCUCCUCUGGUCCGUGAAAGCCAACGCCAGGGUGGUUUCCCGCCGCUACCAGUACCAUUUCCCCAGGGACCUGCAGUAUUUCACCGCGGAGCCUCCGGAGAAGUGGAACUGCAGCACCUGGGAUGCCAGCGCCAUCCCCACCUACGAAGAAGCCCUGACCUGCAGACCUGCCCACGGCGUCCCAGCCUACAUCCAGCCUCCGGGGAGAAAGGAGGAGCUCACGCCGCCCCUGUACCACUACCUGGAGGAGGACGAGGGCUGGCAGGGUGGCCGCCGGCGCAGCUCCUCCGACAGCGCCUUGUUCCGCCCCAGCCCAUCCUGGCUGGAGACCCAGCACCCCGGGGAGCCGCAGGCAACGCCUCCCCCCAGCUACGAAAACAUCAGCGUCCGGGGCGACUGAGCUGGCGGCAGCACGGGGCCGGGACUCUGUGGGUGGCUGCCUCAGCUUUAAACCGAGCCCCUUCCUUUGCUGGGGUGAGGCGAGGGCGGGCGAGGAGGGGAAAGGGUCUGUCUGGCUUUUGAAUGUUCAGUCCAGGGCUGUCAGGAUUGCGGGUCCUAUGGGCGAUGUGUUCGGAACGUUGGGGGUCACUGGCAUGUUUGAAAGCCUUCGUAUUUUUAAUAAAACCACUGCUGGUUGCA